AUUUAAAGUCAGUUUUCUAACUUCCUAGGGAGACUAGAAUUAUACGUAUGAUAUUCUGACAAUUUUGGGCUAUAAUCCACUUCACGUGAAGAUAAAUAUCUUGUUCUUCAAACAUGGCAGAGGAACCGAAACCAGUAAACGAAGACGACUUGAGGCAGUUGAAGGAACGGAUGAAUAUAAUAGUUAGCGCUGAUCCGGCACAGUACCACAACGAUUACUCCCUACGACGGUAUCUUCGUGCCUUUGAAACUGUCGAUAACGCUUUCCAGGCAAUAAUAAAAACUAACAAAUGGCGUGCAGAAUAUGGUGUGACUGAAUUACACAAAGAUGCAGAACUAAUAGAGAAGUAUUCAAACAAAGCUAGAGUUCUUAAGCACCGGGACAUCACGGGGCGGCCCAUUGUGUACAUUCCGGCGAAGAACCACAGCUCCAAUGACCGCAACAUUGAUGACCUCACCAAGUUUAUUGUUUACUGUUUGGAAGAUGCCAGUAAAAGAUGUUUUGAGGAAGUAAUAGACAAUCUAUGCAUAGUGUUUGACCUGAAUGGAUUCACCCUGUCUUGCAUGGAUUACCAAGUUCUAAAGAACCUCAUUUGGCUGCUAAGCAGACAUUAUCCGGAGAGACUUGGGGUUUGUCUCAUCAUCAAUGCGCCCACAUUCUUUUCAGGGUGCUGGACAGUUAUAAAAGGAUGGUUGGACGAAAACACCUCAAGCAAAGUAACAUUUGUUAGCUCAGAGAUGGAUCUCUGUAAAUAUUUGAUACCAGACAUCUUGCCCACUGAUGCUUAACAGAUAGUUAGAUGGUAUCAAGACCAUCCCUUUUGAUAAUAUUAUUCAAAUAACGACAAGGCAUUAAACAGGACAUGGUACAUGAUUUAAGGUAA